CCAAGAUGGUGGCAGGGUGUGCAAGUUCGUACUGUGAUGCUAUUAGUUUUCGAUAGAAAUUGUGAUUAAAUUUAAGUUAAUUAUGUUGCACAGCUGUGUGCAAAAGACAGCGUUUAAGGAUAUUUUUUGUCACUUUGACUGACGGUUUAACAGCACGGAUCCCAACCGCAACUAAAACGAGCAAGAUGAGUUACGAAGUGACGGAAGAAACCGCCUUCAAUGGCGAUGAUCUGAUGAGCAUGGGCCAGUUCAACAUGACCCAGCCGCUGGAGGAUAUGAAGCUGGACAAGAACAUGGUAUGGCUGCUGGUGUCACUGCUUUCCUCGAUUGUGUGGAUGGUGUACAUCACGUUCUACAACUCCCGGCUGUUCGGUUGCAUCAUUACGAAGCUGGCCAAUCGGCUGUAUGUGCGUGGUGCUUAUUUUAAAAUCGGGUCGCUCAAUGUAAAUCCCCUCGCUGGGAAGAUCAUGUUCCGGGACGUGGUGUACGUGUGUUUCGAUUAUACGGUGCGCGUUCAGGACGGUUACUUCAUAUUCCGAUGGUGGCGUUCGUACGUCCCCAAGGACGUGUCGGAAGAUUUGUCCCACUCCGACACCCGGCUGUCGGUGAUGCUGAACGGGUUCGAGGUACACAUCUACAACCGGUCCGAUCUGUACGCACGGCUGGAGAAAACGUUCGGACUGAAACCGUCCGUGCUGGUGCCGACGGAAGACAUGAACGCGGAGGAAAUAGCCAAGUUUAAGGAACAAAUCAUGAACGACGAAAACCAGCGGCAUAUUAGUGAAGCAUCGGCCAAGAUUAAAAAACCACGCCCGGAAGCAAUGACGGCAACAACGUGGCGAGAUUUAAUCCCGGUCAUCAAGAUCGAUAUAUGUUCGGGGCGGUUUGCGUUCGGAAAUCGUCUCACACCGACGACGCUCUCGCUGUGUGUCGAGGAAGCGCACUGCGUUUACAGCACGAAACCGGCCGUAUCGAAGCUGGACCAUUUUAUGCACUUCGUGAAGGCGAAGGUUGAGAAUGCGAAGGUUUUGCUUGCACCCAGCCCGAAAUUUACCGGAAUGGUAGACGAACCACCGCGCUACAUGGGAGAAGGCUUUGUGGUAAUGAUGUCGAACCUGAUGGAACUGUACUUCUACAUGGACGAGGCUGGUAUUGUGCCAGAGGAACCCGUAACGCUGACGCUCGCUAAUGGAGAUGUGGUAGAGGCGGCUCCACCUGUCUGGGGGAUCGAUAUCAAGUGCGGCAAGGGUACGGACUUCAGCUACGGUCCGUGGGCCGAUCGGCAGCGUGACCAUCUGUUUAAGUUCUUCUUCCCGCCCGAUUAUCAACCCAUGGCGGUUACAAAACCACCCAAACCGGGUGAUCGACGUGAGGUGCGAUCGUUCGAUAUCAGUCUGUGCACAUUGAACGAAGCGACGAUCGAUGUGCUGUUUUCGAAGAACAAAGAAACGAACGCGGUGCAUGUGAACAUUGGUGCGGGAUCGUAUCUGGAAGUGACCUUGCCAUGGAUAAUUCUGCAAGAUGGAAUGGCGACGAAGGUGACCGGACAGUUGCUACACGUAGAAGCCACCACCAGUUUGCAGUAUCGCAGCUUGGCCGAGUGUGAAACGCUGCAAUUUAAUGUUAAAGUUCAUUACCCAAUCAAAUGGAACGACCAUCAGGAGUGGACGAUUAAUCUGACCGGCAGCAAAGCCACUGCCUACAUCGUAUUCUCCCACAAGGAGUUCUUUCAGGAUUUAAUCGAAGACUGGGCUUCAAAGGCACGCCCCGACAUACUCAGCUUUGUGCCGUACACCUGGAAGUUUGGUGUCAUUCUGAAAGAGUUUGAAAUACUCACCCUUAGCAACGAGUUCAACUGGAUCGAUUGCUCGAGUACGAACCAGGAAAACCACCAUCUCGCAUUCUGUGGUGAUCUGUUCGAUCUAAGCUUUUCCCUUCCCUUCGAUGACUUCCUACCGGUGAAGCUUCCGAUCGUGUUCUGGAUCCACGGGGAAGGGCUCGAUCUAAGCAUGUACAUUCCGGAGAUAUCGAGCAGUCGACCGAUUCUGCUGGCACUGGACGAAAAUGCACGCAUCCUAACGCGUGACGGUAACGUGAAGAAGCGAUCCGAGUUGAUCAACAAAAAGUGGCGCCGUGUGUGUCAACGGGCGGUCGGUUGGAUUGACUGCUGGACGGUUCCGAUCGUGGCCCUUUCGAUCAAGUACAUCUACCAUCCGAUGCCACCGCUCGGGCCUGACCCGCAGGCCGAUAUAACGACACCGGAAAAGGAAGAAAUACUGCUGAGCCCCAUGCGUAUCCCGAAGAUGCGUAAAUCGCCUGCCAUUGCGUGGACGACGGUAGGAGAUGGUGGAGCGCCCCGUUUCGAUCCGACCAGCUUACCGCCGGAUCAGGUGUCGGUGGAGCUAGAAAUAGGAUCCUCGGUGAUGCUAGCGUACGGUGCGAUUCUGCGCAACUUUAUCCACCUGAAGGAGAACAUUUUCGGUGAAGAUCAAUCGUUCACUGAUAUGGAGAAUUCCAACAGUAAAAAUGCGUCACGAAGCAAUCCACUGGCUGGGGGGCUUGGGAAAUCCACCGGUUCAACCAAGGACGAUCCUUCCAAGUCCCUCUCCGAGACGAGCCUCAAUCCGGACGAGAAACCGAAACGCUUCGAUCCGCGACUCUACCGUCCACUGGAGGUGAUCGUGAGCGUUACGAUACACGACCUGCAGGCGCACGUGAUGAAAAACUGCAACGAAAACGACCCACCAUGUCCGAUUGUGUUGAUCGAGCGGCUUGGGUUCGAGAUGAAGAAGCGAUUCUACGAAACGGAGCUGCAGGUGCUAGUGAGCCCCUCGUUUCUCAUAUCGUCCGAUAACACGAUUCGUCCCGGGAAGGAUAAGCAUCUAAGGCAGGGUCAUUUGCUGCUUUCGGCCGUACAGGUCCGAGGACACGCAAUGUUCAGCAACGAAGGCCGUCAGCUGGAAGAGGAAACGCUCGAGUACGCUUGGUUGUUGGAAGUACAGCUGGGGAAGCUAUCCGGCAAAAUGACCCUAUCGCAGCUGUGUAACGUUGUGACUGGGCUGGAAACACUCGUCUUUCUCACGAUGGACUCGGAGAAUGAACUAAAAUCGCCGAAAACUGUGCGCUACUGUCAUCACGGAGUGCCAUCAAGCUCGUGCCCGCACACGAAAGAAGACGCCAAGUAUCGGUGUCCCUCGACGGAGGAUAUCAAGUACCGGAUGACGCGUGUUGCUGUCGAUGCGGUCGAUCUGUAUCUGAUAGAGAACGGUACUGCCAUGCACACGUGGAUCUCACCGGUUCGGUUGGCGACAUGUAACCUGCACGGACAGCAGGUAAAAUCGGGCAUAACUGGGCUCGUGCCUACGAUACUGCUCCGCCAGUUUGUCUCCACCGGUGGGCAUUUCAGUCAGUACAGCAGUGGCAAUUCGCACAGCAACACCAACACCACUGGCAGCAGCCGGUCGGCGAAGCUGCACCAUCAAAACUCAACCAAACACGCGCCGGACGAUGGGUAUCGCAAGUCGUCCGACGAGACGGGUCCAAUGUAUCGACGCUCGGCGAUGGAAGAUGGUGGCCCGAUGAUUACCUCCACCGGGUCCGGUUCUUCGGGCGGUGUUCUGAAGUCUGGCAGGCGAGAGAACGCGGUAGAACCACCGUACCCGCAGCACAGAAAGGACUCCAAGGAACAUCGGGACGAUCCGUAUGGUUCUAUGUCGAGUCGGAAGGGUCGUUCCGAUCGGACGGAAGAUCCUGCCAUCCACUAUCGGCGCGAUAACAAGGAGGAUCCGUACGCAUCGCUACACUCGACAAGGAACAGUUGCCGUGAUAUUGAUUCGAACGAACCAUGGCUAGAGGUCGGCUGUGUGUCACUGGGGCCGAUUAUUAUAGAGGCAGCGUCUGCGCUGCCCAUCCCGGAACAUUGUUUGCACUUGGUGCAGCAUAGCUACCUGAAAGUGCACGACGAAAAGAACAAGAAACUGUGGUUCCUCUGGUCCACCAGUACCGAUCCGGUGCGGUGCGGUUGUGUUGGUGGCUGUACCUUCUUCGGCACUAACCGCAAUGGGCCACGAUUUUUCAAACCUUGCGCCCAAGACAUCCAGGAGUUCAUCAACAUCGCACGCUACCACAUCCACCCGAAUCCACGGGAGUACGGCUUCGGGCAGAGCUUACUGCACGAAGGUCAGCUCGUGUUCCACACACCACCGUACAGCUUGCAGCCGGUGUCGUUGCAGGAAUGCUACGAGUACAUCGGUAAGCCCAAUCUCCAUCGCACCGGCCAUCGACAUCCGCCAGCGCACGGUGGUGGCGCACCGUCGGCCUGCUGCGGCACUGGCAUAAAGCUGGACAGCAAGUCACCGCACCUACCACAGAAGCAUGAAGCGAUGCUAGCGCAGAAAACGACUUCGGCCGAAAUUUCGCCCAACAAUACGCUUAUUCGGGGUGGCAGUGGCGGUGGUGUUUCUGGAGCGAGUGGAGCGACAACACUGGCCGGAACCGGUGAACGGUCCGGCAAAUCUUCCCUGGAACGGGUGAAGGAAAAGGAUGUUGGUUCGCCGCACGGUUCGGAUCGUGCACGGGGACGCCGGUUUUCGUACACAAGUGGAAGACAAAGCACAAUUCCACACGACGUUCCGUACUGUCGGCUGCUGGAUUCCAGUCCUAAAACCACCGCAAACAGCUCGAAAGUGUCAACGCCGACUCCCGGUCGGAUGGAUGGGACGGAGUCCCGGCUGCUAACGCCAAAAGGCUUUAAGGGCGAGCUGGAUGGGCCAUUCCUGGCGGACGAUCAUCACCACCACCAGCAUCACCAUCAUCAAGCACUGCAUCAACACUACCAGCAGCAGGGAGCCCAGCAUCACCAUCCACCGUACCACAGUCAGCAGCAGCACCACCAUACUCAGAUGAUGCUGGAAAUGUCCCACUCAGCACCUUCCCCGGGUCACCCGCUGGCGUCGGAUUCGGAGCAAUCGCUUGGCGCAAUCCUUCCGACCGGUUCCGGCAUACGUCCGAUACCGUCGGACGACGUUAUCAUGCGUGAUGUGCAGCGUACCGUUUCGCUAACGUCGGAGAAUCCUUCGGAAGCGUUCUUUUCGGCGGACGAAGAUUUGCAUGCGUCGCGCAGUUCCAGCCUAAAGGCUGGCGUAGUCGACCAUCAUCCGCACCCGGUAGCGAUACAGAAGAAACGCUUCGCAUCCGAUCUAAGCAUCGUGGGACCGAACGAGCUAGAGGGACGGCUUGCGACGCACCGGAGCGACUACGAGAUCCACACGCCCGAACAUCGAAGCCUCCCGAUGCGGCCCCAGUCUACGGCUGAGCUGAACGAAGAGGAACGGCGGCUCCACGGUCUAGCGACACCGAUGCGUAAGUUUAGCAACAUUUCACCACGGCCCGAGUUCCGCCAUUUUAAGCCAGUUUAUGAUGUGGACCCGCAAGACUCUUCCGAAUCACAUUCGCUCUCUUCCAGUUCCUUCAUAUCGGCGCUCUCGUCCCAGGAGGACAUCACGCUGGUUAAUCUGCACAUGCAAAUCAACCGCCCGAUCGUUGACUCGCCGCUACUGAUGGCCAGCUACGUGACGCAUCUAGCGCAGGUACGCUGCUCCAACUGGUCCCACUGCUCCAUGCCGCUCGGAGCGGACGCUUUCUCCAUGCCGCUGUUUCAGCAGAACGAAGAUGGAGGGCUGGUGUACAUUGGGGGCAAACUGAUACCCCACUUUGACACGUACUCCAACUGCCGUGAGGUGAAGAUUGUGUCGCGGUACGAUGUUCCUUUGGCGGGCAGUGGUGCCAGCAGUAGUCUGUCUGGUGCUGCUGGUACAGGUGGAUUCUCCACCCUCCCGAAACCACAUCCCUGGGACCCGAGCGUACUGGUCCGGAGCAGCUUCGACAAGCAGGAAAGCAGCAAGGAGGGCGAAAACGAAUUCCUCAGCUCGCAGGGUGAAAUCGCAACGCGCAACUCGAUCGUGGUUCGCUUCAAGGGACAGGUGGACGUGAUGCUAACGCCGCUUCUACUCGAAGGCUUGCAAAGAAUGAUUGAAUCGCUGACACCAACUCUCGCUACGCUGCAUCCACUGACCGUGAUAAAUGACAUUCAUGCAUCGUGCGUGCGGAAAGUCGAAGCAGUUAACAUACUGAAGCGCGAUCAAUCCCUAAGCUACUGGUCGCAGGUUCACUCGAACUCGAAGCGAUCGACGGCUGAGCGCAAUCUGCAGGGUCCCGGUGGACCGGUCCUGACCGACGUGUACGAAGAAAGUAUCUCCACCCAAGUGCAAGGAUUGAUCGUUCUGCCCAAGAUCAAUGUAACUCUCAUUCAGAGCUCGGUCGUCGAGGAGGUGAUAUCGUUCGCCGCGCUCGACAACGUCCAGGAGCUAAGCUGUGCGUCCUUGCUGGCCGUUUGCUUCGAAGGAGUCUCAACGCGGUUCCAUCUGGGCAAAACGACCAAAGCUUCGAUGCAUACGGUGUACACGCAGCCCACCGUCCGUUCGGGAGGGUUAAAGAAAAGUGGACUGAUUCGCGGCACUCGAGCACUGCUCGCACACCUGUCGUCCCAAACCCGCCCGGACAAUGUGCCUGGCGAGCCAAUACUGUUGGAAACAUCGGAAAAGCAGCUGGAGGAGCUUAUCAUUACGCUCGACAUUGGGAAAGCUCAUGCUCAACUUCGUCGCCUGAAGAACGAAUCGGCCAAUUUGCCCGAUUCCCAAAUCGUAAUCACGGCCAUACCGUCCCACCGCAGUCGCGCGAUGUUUGACUGUACGCGAAUGCCGGAAGAUACGGCCACAACCUCGCUGGAGGGUGGCACCAGCGCCAGUGCGCUGGGCUUUAUCAUGUUCGAGGGUGGACUGGAGGGUGUGAGCGUAAAGAUUGUGAAACGAUCUCAGUUUGAAAAAUCGGAAAAUGCGGAAGAAACUCUUAAACCUGAGGCGGACGCGCUUCCCACGGCGACGAUGCAUUCGGAGGCGAACCAGAACAGCGUUACGCUGAACAAUCCAUUAAACUUGGUAACGUUGCUAAACGAGGCGGGCGGCAAUAUGGCGGCGGAAGCUUUGGCCAAGUUUGGAAUGAAAAAACCGGGCACGCCAAAGUCUGCCGGUGGCAGUGCAAAGGAUCGAUCAUCGCUGUUCGAUAUCAAAUCGAAGGAUAAAAUGACCGCAGCCACCACCACCGCCAUGACGACGACGACGACCACUACAACGACCACGACGAUCCUUGGAGAUGGUGGCAAAACAUUCAAGACGAGCGUUAUGGUGCCGGAUGAGAUGGAUUUCGUUGGGGAUGGUACGCUGCCAACAUCGGCCGUGCAUCAAGCGCAGCCGACAGCCGGCUCGUCAACGCAAGCAAUGCCGUCCACAAACAAUGGAGCUCCAACUGUUGGGCAACAGCAUUCAUCCUCAACCGCCGCCAACAUUCCCGGCACGAGUCGAGACGAUCCAUGCUCUUCGAAGACUGGUAGCGCAGGAGCGGGCACUGUUGCUCCCUGUAGCAACGACAACGGCAAGACCUCUUCCUGUGUAAUUGACUUCAAAACGGUUUGGUUUAACUUUGCCGCCCCACCAAGAGCGCCGAUCACGCGAAAGAUUGACUACACGCGAUUGGAUUGGAACUUGCUGAGCACCGCUUCGCCGGCCAUCACGGCCUGGAUGAAUCCGUGCAAUCGGUUCGCCAUAAAGGUGGUUGCUCUCAUGAAAGCGAUGUACAUUCGGCGGACGGCCGUAACGGUGGCGCUUAUGGCCGAUGCUUGGGAGCGUCCUUCACUGCAUCGUCCGGCAAAGAGCCGGUACGGUGGGAAGUUCACACCGCUCGCUAAAACGCUCCAGGAAGACCCGAGCUGUCAGCUGUGCACCGUGCUGCAGAAGUUUGUGCUGGAUGAAUCCGCGGCCAAGAUAGAGUGUAUUCUCAAGCAGCAAUAUCUGCCACAGCUGAGCACCAUGCGUCAGGCUGUCAUCGUGCUAAGUCGGCAGUGGAAAAACGUUCUCUACAAUCCGAUGCUGUUCGAACACCAGUACAAGGGAAAGCUAGCCAAACCGGUCAACGUUACAUUUGCACUUCCGCAAGACGAGGACGCCGAAGAUACGGAUGACAUCGACACGGAUAACUAUCCCGUGGGAGUGCGCGAAAACCAUCCACUGCUCGGCGAGGAGAACGAGCACACGAUGCUGCUCGGCCAGUGCAUUCAACAGCCGCAGCAACAGCAGCAACAUCGUCAGCAGUCGGCUGCAUCGGCAACAUCAACGGCACCCACCCAGCAUACCGGCGGCCAUCAGCAGCCCCAUUCAUCGCUUCAUGUUAUCAAAAUGCCCGCCGAACCGCCGAUCCCGUCCGCGGCGUCGGCAGUACAUAGUGCGGUCUCGGCCAAGCUGGCGGGCGAUUCCCUUAAUACCUCUCCCAGUACCACUAACAACUCGCACCACAACAAGCUGCGGAAGAAAUCGUCGGUAAAAAGUUUCAUUCCACCGGCAGCGCCACCGUCGCGUGCUAGCAUACAGAUGUUCCCGAUCAUCUUCGACAAGCAGCAGGACCCGGUCGGGGUCGAGUACGGUGCACUCCGCGAAGGGUCCGUACCGUCCAUGUGCAGCUCGUCCGACUCGAUGGACAAACCCUGGACGCCACCAGCCAACCACAAGGAGGAUCUGUACUCGUGGAUGGCAAAGCAGCAGAGCGAAAGUACGAAGCAGCGGGAAAAGGAGAAAACGACCCAAAACAAUCGCCCGGUGUCGCAGAACCGUCCCGCGAUCCAUUCGGUGAAGUACAUGCAGGAUAACAAUCGCAUCCUAGACGCUCAUCUCAUCUUCGAACCAAUGCUAACCUGCCUCGGCGUAAUGCCCCAGCAAAUGAUCAACAAUGUAGCGAACAAGGACGUUUCUUCCCUGGAAAGUCUGGGAACGAAUCUGUCGCUGGUCUGCUCGUUCGACACGAUUCGCAUCGAUAUCGUCGUUAGUGAGGCAGGCGAUAGUAAGAAACCGCCGAAGCAAAAAGAUCCCAAAAAGCGUGGCAAUGGCAAGUUCACGAUCAUCCUGCCAGGCGAACAGCCGGCUUUCCUGUGCGAACAGGUCGGUGUCGAGCUGGAGGUGCGCAAGAUGACUGACGGCUUUCCGGACGACACUAAGCCUGCCAUGCUGUACGUGUCCCGCGGCCAGCUGAAGAAGCACACCAGCACGGUGAUCAACUUUAGCCUGAACGUGCGCUACAUCUCGCAGCAGGUGAACAUGCCUCUGUUGCGAUUGCUCCACCAAAUUACCAACAUGUAUCAAAACGUGAAAGACGCUCAGAACGAGCUGCGCGAUGCGCAUCCCGGUGGCAAGCGUAGUGCACCGCUCAAGGACGAAUCUAGCCUUGCGUCCGAGAUAAACGAUCCCACGCUGAUGGGAUCACUGAACGAGCCGCUCAUGGCACACAUCGAAACGUCCGGCAUCUUUGACUACACCGACGAGCGGUACGACAAGUUUAACGAGGACAUCUCCACGAUGCGACACGAGUUGCGGCACUCGAUUAGCCGUAGCAAGAUGCCCACGCUCGGGCCGCUGAUUCCACUCACACCGUCGCCCAACUCACGCAAUCGGCCCCAUAGCUUUGCCCAGAAGCUACGCAGCACCAGCAAAACGGUGAAAGGAAAGCUGGGCUACACGAACCUGAACGAAACGAUCAACACGCCGAACAAGAUGAGCCCGACGACCGGUGGCGGUUUUUCCUUUGCCGAGGCUCAAUCCAAACAAUCGCUCGAGGCGAAGAACUCACUCACCGGUGCCCCGUCGAGCACGUUCGGAGAUUUCACUGCGCCCUUUGAUCGCUCAACGUUCACCGGACCGAUUCACAGCAUUCUGGACACUCCGAAAUGCUGGAAAACGGUGUACCAUUUGCUGGAUCUGUACUCAGCGAUGCCGGAAACGAAAACGAUCGCUCAUCGUGUUUCCAUUUCGCCCGAUGCGGUGGAACAGAUUAAGGCAAGAAAGUACAAUCUACUCCACGAAAGUAAAACGCUGCGUGACGAAGAGGAACUUAUUGGAAGCCACGGCACAACGGGUGGCAAUGGUGCCGUGAAAGACGUCGGCGUUAUAACGCAGGAGCGUACACGUCUGGUUGUGUUCGGUGUGGCGAAGAUACACCGCACCCGACUGCUGGCUUCGUUGAGCGGGUUGAAGCUGGAGGCGGAAAUAACGGCUCUGCACAGUAGCACGACAUGGCGCAAAAAGUCACGCCCUGCGUCGUUGGAGUGUUCGCUGACCGGGCAAGUGGGUAGAGCGAUGAUUGUGCUGCUCGAAGGAACACAACCGAAUCAGCAAACCGUGGUGAAGGUGUCGAUCGGGAAGAGCCAAACCCUGUACUCGAGCAUAACGCGCCGUGGAAAGGAUAAAAACAAUGGAUUGCUCUCUAUCGGUAUGGUAAAUGUGGACAUUCCACAGCAUCCGGUCGCGCUGCACGGUAUGAUGACGCGCAGCUCGAAGCAGAUUUCUUCAACGCUGCAGGAGCUAAGAGUGACGCGAACGUCGGCCCGACUGACGCGGCAAAAUGAAGAGCCAGAAUCACCGUUGCACCACCAUCACCAUCAGCGGGAUGCCCGUGACAAGGCAACACCAUCCGCUUCCGCCAAUCAGCGCAAGCACAGCACGGCUACGGUUCGAACGAUGACGGGUGCAACGACGGCAGGUGGUGCUGCGGGAAGCAAUCCGAGCGGACUGCUGCAGCCGCUCUUUAUGCAGUUCAACAUAAUAUUGCAAAGCCUGUCGAUUAGCGCUGCGCUGCUGCCAUCGCUCCAGGCACAGUACAAGAUGGACCACGUAACGUCGACCGGUGUUACCGGCAGCAAGGCGAAGUUUACCGUCGAUCUUCCGAACCAUUCGCUCAGCUUUACCACCAAAAUACAAACCACAGAAACGAACCUUCCUUCGGAGGCUUGUAUCGCGCUGCCACCGGUUCACGUCAGUGCGGAGUACGUGCCGGAAAGCACAACCGAAGAGGUACCGAUCGAUGGUGUCGUACUGCGGCAGGGCGGCUACCUUGCAGCGUCGGCCGAAAUCGGUGUAUUUGAGCGCUGUCUCACCACCGACCUGCUGAACCAUCUCGUGUUUGUGCAGAAGGUGUUCAUGAAGGAGGUGAACGAGGUGGUGCAGAAGGUGUACGGUGGAGAAAAGCCGGUUCCACUCUGGCUGGAAGAGUCCGAAGACAGUGGAUCCACCAUCAAGCGCAUCCUCUUUUCGCUAAACAUUCGCGUGAAGCGCAUCCAGCUAACAGCAACCACACCCUGCUCCUCUGCCGUUCGCUUUGAAACGGGCCAGCUGGAACUGCAUCUGUCGAAUCGCGUGAAAAACAUUGCGGACGCUUCCAAUACAAAGCUUUUCGGAAAGGCGCAGAUCGAUUUGAACCUCUCCCUGGGGCAAAUCAUCAAAAAUAUUAUCUUCGACGAGGCGGAGCCAGAAUUUCAGCAGCACGCUUUCUUCAACACCACCAUCGGGCUGAGGAAUGCGUUCCAGAACGAAAUGCUGAACGACGAUAAGGAACUGGUGCUGAUCACACUGAAGCGGCCGUUGAUCUACGUGCAGCCGAUAGCAGUCGACAAAGCGAUCCUCGUGUGGUUGAACUACAAGAACGCGUACGAGUACUGGACGGAAAAGCGGGCCAACCUCAACAAGGAGGUGCUGAUGGCAACGCAACAAGUGCUGGAAAAGGUGCCAUUCGGCCAGAUAAGCCACCAUUUGGCGACGACCGCGAACCUUUCCACCCUGUUCCUGCAGCUAACGGUGGAAGAUAUGGGCAUUUGUUUGCCGCUGAAUCAACCGCCCCAAAUCUGGGGUAACCGGUCGGUGCAGGACUUUGAGCAAAAGGGGGCUGUGGUUAUUACGCUAGAAAACACGAUCAUCUCAGCCUGCAGCUCCGGUUCGCUCGUGUCCAAGGGCCGCUUUGCUGGACUGUGCCUACGGUUUGCCGAGGACUUUGAUUCCUCGCUCGACGAGUGGAAACCCAACAUGAACGAUUCGAGCAUCAUGAAUCUCUGUGUCGUUUCCGAAGGCACGUACGAGGUGUGUUCGCGAACGAUCGCGGCCAAGCAUCCGGAUAACGCGAAAUGGUUCCUAAACGUCAAGUGGCAGAUGGAGGGUGUGGACAUCCAUCUGGAUGUUAACAUUGGUAAGCAACUGUCGGCACUUGGACACACGUUGACCAUGCUCACCGGAUCGGAGGACGAUGAACCAAUCUCGUCCGAUACGCCCGACAGCGAUGACAUUGAUGCAGCCGGCCACCAGGGCGGCAAAGAUUCCAAGUCACGCAAGUCGGUCGAUUCGCUGCCUUCGUUCCUGUUCGACACGACGCUCGAUCCGAAGAAGCGGUCACUGCUGAUGGAGAACGAAAUAAACGAGCAGACGAAAAUCGUGAACGAUUUCCGUACGCUGGGUGCGUCGGCGAAGACGAUCGAGAACGAGGAACGACGCCUGCAGGAGCUGCAGGCCGUGUACUACAAAUAUUUCCGCCGUGAUAUGAUACAGAAAUGGAAACGUCCAGCGAUGCGUAAGCCGAUGCUGAAGGCAGCAAACCGUUCCCGUUCGUUCGUUGCUCCGUCACCGACCCGGGAGGAUCUUAUUGACGCUGGCUGCAUCGAUGGAGGUAAUGGGCACGCAGGUGCAAGCGCUGGCUGUGGGACCAGUAGCGUGAUGGAAGCCUUCACAGGUAGCGAGGACAUGAGCAGUUUGCAAGAAUCGCCCAAUUCGGGACCAUCUCGAACGGCAUCGUUGCGGGUAAAAAUUCCGCCCAACUCUUCCCGGGUAACAUUCAGCGAAACGAUGCGUCAAUCGUCACUACCCAGUGCCGAUUCGGAUGUGGCUGCGUAUUCCGACUCUGGGCUUGACUGGCCCCGGUACGAUUCGAGCUCGGUUACGUCGGACGUGCCCCAUUUGCUGGAGAUCGACGGGGAGCAGGUUGAGCUGCGCAAGAAAAGUCCCAGCCAUCCGCAGAAACAGCAAGAACCCAACAUAGAUUUCGAGCUAGACAUUAAGGUGCUGGUCAAUUCGGGCAAAUGUGUGCUGCAUACCAAAGACAUUCAUGACGAGCGACUGUCGUCGACAAUGGCGGGUGGGAAUAGUAAUAGUAACAAUGCUAGUGCCGCAAGUGCCGCCGGAGGUACGAACGCUUCCAUGGCUGGCAAACAUCACAAGCGGGAGCGAAGCACCGGUGGGGCGACGGACUGGGGUAGCCCUAUUCCUCCGCGUCGUAAUAAGGAUAAAUCGCGGUUGAAGUACAACACCGCGCCCUACACAGCGCUCGUCGAUUUAACCAUAUUCCACAUACCGGGACUGGACGUAAAGCUGCAGUAUCAAUCGAAAACUGUCGGCAAUGAUGAUGCUUCGCCGCGUCUUAGUACCACCGAUCCGUUCGGUGUGUCACGCAAGCUGGCCUCGAAACGAGCGACACUGUUCGCUUGGAUGACCCUCCAAAGCAUCCCCGAGGAAACCAUCAUAUCUCCUCAUAUUUUGGAAUUUCUGGAACAAACGCUCGAACCGAUACCGUCCUCAAAGGGAACUGGUGGAGUCUCUGGAAUGAACGGUGCUAACAUUGGCGGUGGUGGUGGUGGUGGUGGUGGGGGUGGUGCUGGCGGUGUCAACGGGGGUGGCGGUGUUCCACCAUCUGGUGGAGGAGUUUCGAAUCCAGUCAAUCUGCAAAUGCUGGAACACAACUAUGCCGCAGUUUAUGCCAGUUUCCCCGUCGAUGUGGUGGUUUACUUCCACAUGCAACCGUCGACCUUCCGGUUCUCGUGUCUUCCGGUCUCACGCGUCGAGUGUAUGCUACAACUACCCAGUCUGGACAUAAUCUUCAGCUCGAACCGCCAGGAUGAUGAUACAUCCGGCGGUCACACAUCGUCAGGAGGUGAAUCGACAGCAAUGCCCGGUGGAGAUGGGAAAGUAGCGGGAGGACUAAGCGUGACCGGAUGUUUGGCAGACUUUAACGUGUACAUCUUCCAUCCUUACGGAGGCAAGAAAAGUAACCUGAAGGAAGCUCACCAAUUCUCUCCGCUGGCCGACAGUGAGCGAAAGGACUCGCUAAGCAUUAACGUAGAGUUUGUGAAAUUUCACAUCACACGCUCGAAAAAGAUCAACAUCGUCGAAACGGGGUUGACGUCACGGAAACACUCGGACCAAGCGUCGAAGGCAACGAUCCGCUUCUCUACGAUCGUCGACAUUGGCUCGGCAUCGUUCAAGUACGAUAUGCGCCGGUUGACGGAGAUACUUGCGUUCCCCAAGGCAUGGUACAGAAGGAGCAUCGUGCGACGCAUGUUCCUCGGAGACUUGGGCAUGCAGCAGACGAGCAUGUGCGAUCUAGAGAUACCAACAAUUCCGGAGGGAAGCGUUGAUGGAGGUGGUGUGUCGAGGUCGAACGAACGAGAUGCUUCGAUCGAGGUCGAGAGCAGGCUGGGAAGUCGUGGGGAGAAUUUGAAUCGCGAUCGUCUGCGCCUGAGUCUGGAGAACAUUGGCAUGGGAACGGGUGGCAGUGGUGGAAGCAGCGCAUCUUCAACUGCAAGAAUUAAGGAUCAAAAGUCUUCGAGCCUCGAUUCCACAUCGUCGCCUUCGGAUGUGAAUCAGGUCACGUCCUGGGAAACGUUGGUUCUGUUCGCGAUCAACUUCACCAAGCUGAACGUUCAGAUGAAUAUGGGCAAUGUGAUGGGCAACAUUGUGUGGCUAACGAAGGCUUUCCGCAGCGAUGGAAGACUCAGUAUUGGCAGCACGGGACAUAAGAACAUGUACAUCGGCGUGGGUUUGGGUGGGUCCUCGCUGGAUGCGAAGGGUGGCAUCGUCGGGGGUACGAUCGAUCUGAACCGUAUCGAUACGUACAUCCACAUUCGCGAGGAUCCCGGCUCAGAACCGGAUCAUAAGGUAGGCAUCAAGCUGAUGGCGCUGGAGCUCAAGUUCGACUACAUGGGCACGAGUGUGUUGAUGACGCGCGUUAGCUCCCUAAAUGCACAGCUGCGAGACGAAUGGAAGUUCUCGAAGGAUCACGAUUUCGGCAACAAGCUACCGACAAACUAUCCCGCCAUCAUACUCAUCCACGGUGACCUGUCCUGGGAUCAGCUGCAGAUGAUGAUUUCCAAGUCAACCACCGCCGACAUACUGAAGAUGUUCUACAAGCUGGAGGAGUUCUUCUCGCAGCAGUUCAAAUCGUCCAAGCGUGUAUUUUCUAGCCUCGAACCGCGGCUGGCCAAUUCUUCGCUGAGGACUAGCGUGCGGCGUCGGGAGGAGAAAAAAUCGCUUGGAGCCGAUGCAUUGAUCCAUGACGCGCGCCAUCACCGCCACUGGCAGCGACCGCUGAAGCAGACGAAGGGCCUCUGGUUGUCGACGUUGGGCGUACCGCUUUCCAACAUCGGUACCGUGCUCGGCGGUACGAUGGAGCUGCACGGACAAAACAUCUCGCUCGCCUGCUUCCACGGUAUCAACUUUAAGGCAAAGUCAUGGGCUUUGUUCAGUCUGAAGGAGCCGUGCAUUGAUUUCGCGACCGAGGCGCAACACGUUGAGUCGACGGAGGAGGUACACAUCAUACAGACGCUAACGUUUGGGCUCGGCAUGAACACUCAACAGCCACCGCAGCAUCACUCGAACGCGACCGUGGUGCGGAUGUCGCGCAACGUCAUCUUUCCGCCUCAGUUUAAGACCCUGCACGAGUGGUUCCACUACGCAUUUGCCAACAGUGAAAUUGAUGGAGUUGAUCGAUUCCCGGUGAUUGAGCGAGACAAGGAGCACAACACGAACUCAAUUGAACGAGCGCGCGGCUCGGGUUCGGGUUCAGCGCCUCAUCAGAAACUCCAGGACCCCAACCUCAACCGGGAGGUGAUUUUCGCUUUGCCGAGCUUGCAGCUACACUUCAAGACCGAACACCUGCAGGGCAUCUCUACUCCUGAUACAGCGCAGGACAAACCGAUGGUGGAGUGCAGCUUCAUCACGGCGUUCGAGGAUCACAUCUUCGUUACGGUCGAUGCGGAUGCAUUUUUCUUCCUACACGAUCUCAUUACUUCCUACCUUAGCGAGAAAGAAAAAGUGCUCGGUACAAUUUCCACCAAUCGAUCGUCUUCGCCUAAUCCUGCUAAUGUAACCCCACCACCACCAACAGCCAGCGGAACGCCGGCAGGUUUAUCAGUCUUGAAAUCGGCUCACACGCUAAAAACCAGCUCUUCCAACCUAGCGUCUGGCGCUGCACCUUCCAUGUCAUCUCUUGGCACGCAGGACUCGACCUCUAGUCAAUCGAUCGCUGCCAACGGUGGUAGCUCCGUAGAUUUGAACGAACCGGGUAGUUCCCAAACACCCGCCACUGCAACGACAUUGCCGGGAUCCAAAUCAACCAUCCCACGGCCGGUGGAUGAGACGAAGAAACCGGUCGGCAGUACCAUGUCCAGUCCUGCCGGUACCACCUCGAGCGGUGCAGCAACCGGUGGCGGAAAACAGGUGAACAUUGUGGUGGAAAAAUCGGACCUAGAAUCGUUUAUGCGAACCGAUUGGCGUCAUUUCAACUGCAAAACGUGGCAUCUGGAACCCACUGUACGGCUGCUCUCGUGGGCCGGCAAAUCGAUCGAACCGUACGGAAUUGAUUACAUCCUGAACAAGCUGGGAUUCAGCCACGCGCGCACCACUAUCCCGAAAUGGCUUCAGCGUGGGUUUAUGGAUCCGCUCGAUAAGGUGGAAGCACUGCUGAUGCUGCAGCUGCUCCUGAUGGUGAAGGACAACGGCACAUCGGACGACAAGGAUUCGAGUAAAGAUAAAUGAAAUGUGAGUUUGAAAGAAAUUAUUACCCAUCCCAAGACUUGUUCGGAGAGAGACUGGUGCCGGGGUUUCGGAGGGUUAGCAAGCAUUUAAACCCGCCCACGGAAUAUACCGUGAUUUUGUUUCUUUAUCUCAGCGUCUGCUCAACUAUAUUUACCCUUGUACGUUCGGGUUUUUGGUAUACCGCCGCUUAUAUCCCAUUACUAGCUAAUCUAGUCCAAUGUCCGUAUGUCCCAUGUUAGGAACAUACGGCCGCUUGCUUGAAAAUGUCUAUCGGAUUAUUCUACCGAAUGAUCUAUAUACUCCAACAACGGAUCGAAGCGGGCGAGUGUGUUACUGUAACCGGUUACCCUGUUCAAUCAAGCAUCAAUCAAAUCGGUAUCAAAAAAGAAAGGCAGAAUAAACCAAAUGUGAUCCAACAUUAUUCAAACAGUAA